AUGCUGGCCGACUCGACCGCGACGUACACCCUGGGCCACCUCUCCUUGACGAGCAGGUCAGCCGAUCACCAGCUGAUGGCGUUCUGGGCGCCGUUCCUGCUGCUGCACCUUGGCGGGCAGGACAACAUCACGGCCUACGCCAUCGAGGACAACCGGCUCUGGCUGCGGCACCUGCAGGCGCUCGCCGUGCAGGUCACCGCGGCUUCCUACAUCCUCUACGAAUCCACUGUGGUCGGCACCCAGGCCCUGCUCCGUUAUGCCGCGGUUCUCAUGUUCGUGGUGGGCGUUGUCAAGUACGGGGAGAGGGUGUGGGCGCUCAAGCAUGCAGACAUUAGCUCGUCGGGUAGCAAAUACCGGUUCUACAAGAACACGACCGAUACUCCGAGUGGACCUCCGACAGAUGAGCGAGACAACACAGAGGGCCUGCUGCGGACUGCCCACCUUCUGCUGGAUGUUCCAAAGGACAUGUUUCAGGGGCCGUUGCCCAUUGUUGUGGUACCAAAACACCUGUACGGUGAUGACCACGCCAAGUCCAUCUCGGCGGAUGAGAUGUACAGGGUGGUGGAGAUGCAGCUCAGCCUGAUGCACGACGUCGUGUACAGCAAGGCUGUGGUGAUCUACACAUGGUAUGGCCUCUGCAUUCGCGUCAUUUCUCCGGUGUUCACCGCGGUCGCGUUUGUGCUAUUUCACAGGUCGGGCUUGUCAGCGGGUGACCACCACUACAGCAGAGCAGAUGUUGUCAUCACGUAUAUUCUGCUAGGUGGGGCGGUUACGCUGGAGAUGGUUUCGGUGCUAAGGGCCAUGUUCUCAAGAUGGACAAGCCUGGUUCUAAACGCCCGAGAAGAAAGGGGCAUGUGGGGUCUGCUUGCUCAUGCAAUCACGUCUAUCCGCCGAUUCGUCCUUCCAAAGAGGCGCAGGUCGAAAUGGUGGUGGUCAAACUCUAUGGGGCAACACAACCUGAUUGACUUGUGCGUCCGCAGCAGGGUCAGCCGAACAAGCAGAUUCGCUGGCUGGAUGGGGUUCGAGGACCGGUGGAACACCAUGGUCUACUCAAGCUCCAUCCCUGUCUCCACAACUAUCAAUAAGCUAGUGAUGAACCAAGUGCUCAGGACUAAGCAGUGCUAUUUGCUAGACUACGACUCGUGCUCCAAUAGCACGGACGAGCCAGAUCACAUCAUUAAUUCAAGGGGUCGUCAUGCCUUAAAGAGGUUCCAGUUGUACGAGAAACUGGAGAAGUUCCUGUAUAACGAGUUGGAUGAGAGCAUCCUCGUGUGGCACAUAGCCACCGAUCUAUAUCUCCGCUGGCACAAAGAUCAGGGGCAAGCUGCUGCAGAUGAUGUGCGUCGCCUUGCCAUGGCAACCGAGGAGAUCUCCAAUUACAUGGUUUUCCUCCUCGCCGCACGCCCCUACAUGCUGCCGGGCUCGGUCAGCCGCACUAGGUAUGUUAAUAUGUGCUAUUGCCUCACAUGUCUCAAGUACAAUACAGACCAGGAUUUGGUCAGCUUGCUACAGAGUAAGAUGCAGGAGUACCUUAAGAGGGAAAAUAUAAAUGAUAGUAAAAAGCUAAGGGACAUUUCCUCUAACCGUACACUGCUUCGUGCAACCAAACUUGCUCGCGAGCUAGUCUCUCCAGAAUCUGGCCCACCUGCUAAGUUGGAGAUGAUCGCCGAGGUGUGGACGGAGAUGCUGUGCUAUGCGGGGUACAAAUGCAGUGGGUAUUCUCAUACCAAGCAGCUGAGCAACGGCGGCGAGCUCCUCAGCGUCGCUGCCCUUGUGGUGGAGUACCGCAGAAGAGGCAUCCUCCAACCUACUGACCCGAUGUACCUCUAUGGCUCUGGCACUUUUCAGUUUAUCAAGCUCAGAGCUGAGUCCCUUAUUGAGUCAUCCAAUCUUCUUUCUCUUCUGGGUGAUACAGACUAUGUCCCGUCUAGCUCGGGAUCCCUUGAGGCUCCCUGA